AUGGAGUUUUCUGCUGCUGCGACUCACGUUGAAGCCCAGGCUCGGCUAACAGAGAGGCAGAUUCAGGAUCAGUUUAAGAGGCUGCACCAGUUUCUAGAGGAAGAAGAGCAGAGCUGGAUCAGCGCUCUGAGGGAGGAAGAGCAGCAGAAGAGGAGGAGCCUGGAGGACAAGAUGGCAGCUGUGAACCGAGAUAUGGAGGCUCUGUCUGAGACAAUCACAGCCACAAAGAAGCAGAUGGCCUCAGCAGAUGUUUCCUUCCUGCUGCAGUAUAAGGCUGCACUGGAGAGAGUGAAAUGCUGCCCCCCAGUGGUAGGACCAGAGCUGGGACCGGGAGCUCUGAUAGACCAGGCCAAACAUGGGAUUCAACAUCUGGAAGAACAUGAAAGACCUGUUCCAGUUCUACCCUGUUGUUCUUGA